AAAGGCAAUUCGAUGUGCAGACGUUGGUCGCCAUUUUGAGAGCCUGCGAACACCAGCGGAAGGCGGUUGUUACAGCAGACGUUUAGUAAUUUUUUGAUAUUUUAAUUACGCCGCAUAAAAAAAAAAUAAUAAUAAUCAAUGUCUCGAUUCAACAAUAAUCGUGGCGCCUUCGGGAUGAAUCAUUUCCAGCCACGCCGAGGCGGUGGGCCCGGCGGCCCCAUGCGAGGAGGGCUGAUGGGAAACCCUAAUUUCAGGAGCCAUCCUUUUCAGAAUCAGAACCAAAAUCGGAGGGGAGGUAAUAACAACUUCAACAAACCAAAUCAAGGACAGACGACUCCACAGAAGCCUAUAAUCCCACCGCCGAGUCCCGGACCGGCCCUCACAAUGAAAGGCCCGAUGCAACAGCAGCAACAGCAAAAACCAACACCACCACCACCAUCGCAGCAGCAGGAGCAGCCAAAGCCGACGACUCCUGCUCCUCAGCCGAAGAUUCAGACACCAUCGCCGAAACCCAACAUCACCUCCCCUCCACCUAACCAGGCAAACAAGAACCUGAACCAACAGAUGAAGUCGCCGGUGGGAAACACCAAUGGACAGCAGCGUCAGAAUCAGCCUCCACACCCAAGCCCGAAAUCUGGGCCAGGGCCGCAGCCAGGCCAGAAGACUGGCCCCCAACAAGGCCACAAAACCGGGCCACCGGUGGCCAAACAUGCCCCCUCGGUAGCGGCCGCAGUCAGCGCGGAAAAGACAGACGAGAACCAGUCAAAGGAGUUCAAGGCGACUCUGUCCAUGCUGCUGAAGCCUGGUGAGAAGACGUACACACAGAGGUGCCGCUUGUUUGUUGGUAACCUGCCAAAUGACAUCUCCGAGGAGGAUUUCAGGAAAAUAUUCGCCAAAUAUGGAGAGCCCACAGAGGUCUUCAUCAACAAGGGCAAAGGUUUCGGAUUCAUCCGACUCGAGUCCCGGGCCCUCGCAGAGAUCGCAAAAGCAGAAUUGGACGACACGCCGAUGAAGGGCAGACCCCUUCGUGUGCGCUUCGCGACACAUUCUGCAGCGCUGUCUGUGAAGAACCUGUCGCCAUUUGUUUCCAACGAGCUCCUAGAAGAGGCCUUCUCGCAGUUUGGCAUGGUCGAGAGAGCCAUUGUUGUUGUAGACGAUCGCGGACGCUCCACGGGCAAGGGCAUCGUCGAGUUUGCCUCCAGACCUGCCGCCAGAAAGGCUCUGGAACGCUGCAACGAGGGCGUCUUCCUUCUCACCACGUCACCUCGGCCAGUUAUUGUUGAACCCUUGGAGCAGUACGAUACUGAAGAUGGUCUUCCAGAGAAGUUGGCCCAGAAGAACCCCAGAUAUCAAGCAGAGCGCCAGGAGCCUCCUCGUUUCGCUCGCCCAGGUACUUUUGAGUUUGAGUACUCAAAGCGCUGGAAGUCCCUGGAUGAAAUGGAGAAGCAGCAGAGGGACCAGGUGGAGAAGAACAUGCGUGAGGCCCGUGAGAAGCUGGAGAGUGAGAUGGAGGACGCGUACCACGAGCACCAGGCCAAUCUGCUGCGGCAAGAUCUGCUGAGACGACAGGAGGAACUGAGACGCAUGGAGGAAUUGCACAGUCAGGAAAUGCAGAAGAGGAAGGAGAUGCAGAUUAGGUAUUUAGUACAAGAGGAAGAGCGGCGUCGACGGGAGGAGGAGUUGCUCAGGAAGAGGGAGAUGGAAGAACAGAUGCGCCGUCAGCGUGAGGAGAACUACAGGAUGGGAAACUUCAUCGAUAGGGACAGAGAAAUGAGGAUGCAUCCUGGAGCUGGAGCUUUGGGCAUGAAUGAUAUGCCCUUUAGUGGCGAAGGCCAGAAGUUCCCCAUGGGUGGAAUGGGCUUUGCGGGUCAGCAGGGAAUGGGACCAUCAUCCGGAGGCUUGAUGGGCAACGAAAUGCGCAAUGAGCGUUUCGCCCAGGGCGGUCCUAGGGGAAUGGGUCCUGGUAACCCCGGGUACGGCCGGGUCCGCGAGGAUUUUGACGGUCCUAAUAAGAAAGCUCGUUUUUAAAAACGCUGCUCUUUGAUGCUUUACAGCAGCACCAUUUGUAUAGAUUCUCUAAAACAAAAAAAUGUUGAGUCGCAUUUCUGGUAUUUGAGUUUAAAAUGUUGGAACAUUUUAGCCAGGCAGUUUACUCCCUUUUAUGACAAUAUUUUCAUUUUUUUUAUUUUGUAUUGUCUCUAGUGUGGAAAGAGAGGUCACCCUCGCGUGGCCCAGUUGUUCUUUCUGACCAUGUAUAAUUUUCUUUUCUAGAUGUAUUAUGCUCUGUGAGUCGUCGUGAAGUGAUACUUGUAACAUUUUUCUCAACCUCCUAUGGCUGUGUUUUGUGCCAUACAUUUGGAAUCAAAGCAUGUAAUAUAAUAAAGAGACAUUGGUUCUACCAGGACAAACCUUUAACAUCAUUCCUAAAGCAGAAAAACGUGCGCUUUCCUUUUAAAAGCAGCCAAAUCAAACGAUGGGUUGUUGGCACAAACUAAAUACUGUGGAUGUAUCCGCCACAUUAGAUUUAAAGAGUCUAUGUGUUAUCUCUGCCACAGUCCUGACUUUUUAUAUUAUGUUCAGUUGCAUUUUUGCAUAAAAAAAAAAACAUGUGGCCUGUCUGAACCUAAUAUUAACCAGUUUUCACCUUAGCUGCUUUAGUUUAGACCCAUUCAGAUACAAGGAUCAUCCUCAGGAAACACACUAGCUGAGUUGAUAAAAUGGGGACAUUGGCGAUACAAAAGGAUUGUUUACCACAUUUAACAACUUCUAAAUGUCUAUAGAACAAUCAGCCUAAAUGAAUCUAGUACAGGAGAUUCUAUUUCAUUUAAAUCACAAAUUUUCUGUCCACAAAAAUUGCAUUUUUUUGUUUUUUUUCAUAUUUGAGUGGUCGGAUCCACUGACUUGUGUUUCUUUUAUUGGUAUUGUCGCAUUUAUAGUUGAGCUUCAGGACAGCAGAAAUAUUACACAUAGAGCCUUUAAGAAAACCUUAAAAACAAGCUGACAGACAUGAGUCUCCGUACAAAUACAAUCUGCUCGCACCACUCUCUUUGUCUCAGACACACACAAGUGUGUGUGUUCAUGUUUGGAUGUUGGAUUAUUGACUACGUUUACAUACAGUUCACUUUACAGUAUGUUAUAACGACUAUUUAUUUGUGGACCAACUUCACUGCCAGCUAGUGUGUCCUCGAAGGCAUCAAUAAACUUUUCAAAUGUAUAAAUUAAAGGUCUGAUGUCCACGAACUCCUAACCACUUUCAAGUGCACCAAAAAGCGCCAUUGUUGUGCUAAUUAUUAGCAUUUAUUCACAACAGAAAAGGACAUUCCACAAACCAACAGCCAGCAUCAGACAAAACUCACAGUAAUCGUCCAAUUAAAACAAUUUUACGUUCAAAAUCUACAGGAGGUUCCCAAACCAGGCUUUGGACAGUCUGGUUCUGUCUUUUUUUCAAAUAACGUCCCAUUUUUAGCAUCUCCGGGAGCAGGACUCCCACAGUCAUUAGCUGGAUGAUGUGUUCAAUGCAAAUCGAGACAUUAUGCAACCAGUGUCCUCAAACGCAUCAACCCAUUGACUUAGUCCAUGUUGCCACCUUCCGAGACACUAGAUUACGUUGGUAAAUUGAGACAUGAUCUCAUCACAGCAGCAAUCAGAUGCUACUGAUCGCUGUACUCAACGCCCUCAGAUUGUGUUGUUGUCUUUUAAAUGCUGCCUUUUUUUGACCCAGAUUCUGUUUCUGGCUUAGAAAUCACUGUAGAAAAUGACCAGGUACAGCGAGUAGUGUUACAGUGUGUAUGUGCGCAUCCAGUUACUGUCUCAGUUAAACAGACGACCGGUUUUAAAACUGCAUGUAAACGUAGUCAUUUUUUAGACAUUUUCUUUUAUAACAGGAACCUGUAAAGAAGUCUUAGUAACAGACAUUAAAUUUGACUUUAAUAUC